CGACAGGUACAAAGAAAAGAUCGGCAAGUAUGGUGAAUAACCCAUGCCCCAGGUAAAAUACCGGUCACGUGAUUAGGGAAUACAACCUUCACAACCUCUGUAAUAUAAGAUAUGAUCCGAGAGAUAUAUACCUGAAUAAGAAAAACGUCAUAGGAUAACAAAUAUAGCUUUUACAUCGCCGUAAUGGCGGGUAAAGGCAAGACCACUGCCAACAAGGGGAAGUUGUUAUCUUUCUGGAAGAAGAAAGAGCCUAAAGAUCCGGUUGAAAAUGAAACGUCCAUAAAAACAGUAAAUCGGGACCCUGGAGUCUUUAAUGGCAAAGACAACCUCGCAUUUGAAGCAUCAAACACGUCACAGGGUUCUUUGUUUACCGUUACUACCACCGAUGAGCGUAAACAGAUAUUUGGAGAAGAUGAAAAUGUCGAAAGGGGUAAUUGGACAGGACGAUUUGAUUUUCUCCUCUCCAUGUUGGGCUAUGCUGUUGGCCUUGGAAAUGUGUGGAGAUUUCCAUAUCUUUGCUACAGGAAUGGUGGAGGAGCUUUUCUGCUUCCUUUUGUUAUCAUGAUGGCAAUUAUAGGAAUACCUUUGUUUUUGUUGGAAUCAGCCCUUGGACAGUACUGCAGCAGUGGCCCAAUGACCUGUUGGAGGUUUGCUCCGUUGUUCAAAGGAGUUGGAGUGGCUAUGGUUAUAGUGUCAGCUUUAACUAGUAUAUAUUAUAACAUGAUUUUAGCUUGGGCACAAUAUUACUUAUUUGCAUCAUUCACCAGUGAACUUCCGUGGAUGUCAUGUACACAGCCAUGGAGUACCAGGGAUUGCAGUAUGUUAUUACCACUAGUAAAGACGUGUGAUGGCAUUGCUUAUCCUAAUGGUACUUGUUAUAAUAAACAAGAGUUUGUUGGUAUCUGGAAUAACACGUUAUUUACCAAUGUUACAGGAAGAAGGCGCAUCUCUUCUUCAGAGGAGUAUUGGAAUUCGCAGGUAUUAAACAUUGCUGAUAAAAUAGACGACUUUGGGGCACCAAAGUGGGAUCUUGUUUUGAAUCUCAUGCUGGCAUGGAUUAUUUGUUUUUUCUGUUUAAUAAAGGGCAUAAAAUCUACUGGAAAGGUUGUAUAUUUUACGGCUAUUUUUCCAUACGUUGUUCUACUAAUCCUUUUCUUUCGUGGUGUAACACUACCUAAUGCCAUAGAGGGUAUUAAAUAUUUCAUCGUUCCAGAGUUUUCAAAAUUACUAGAUGCAAGGGUAUGGAAAGAUGCAGCUAACCAAAUAUUCUUUUCAAUGGGCAUUGCUGGUGGCGGUUUGAUGACUUUAUCCAGUUAUAACAGGUUCCACAAUAACAUUCUCAGGGAUACAUUAAUAGUUUCUUUGGGAGAUACGUUGACCUGUAUAUUUGCCGGUUUUGUUAUCUUUUCCUUCCUUGGCUUUAUGGCAGGAGAAAUGAAUGUUCCUGUUAGUGAAGUUGCAAAAGAUGGAGCUGGGUUAGCCUUCAUCGUCUAUCCAGAAGCAGUUUCAAGUUUACCUGCUCCGCCAGUUUGGUCUAUAUUAUUUUUCUUCAUGUUAAUCUUACUCGGCCUCGAUAGUCAGUUCGCCAUGUUAGAAACAGUAUUAACGGGUCUGAUGGACCAGUUUCCUCAUUUACGACCAAAAAAAACUUAUAUUAUAGCUGCUAUUUGUGCAGCUUUAUUUUUAAUAGGAUUACCUUUAACUUGUCCCGGUGGGAUGUAUUUAUUGCAAAUGAUGGAUAGUUAUGUUGGAGGUUGGACCCUCAUGGUAAUUGGUUUCUUUGAGUUGGUAGCUGUUGUUUUUGUUUAUGGUGCAGAUAGAUUUUAUAGUGAUAUGGAGUUAAUGAUGGGUAAAAGACCAAAUAUAUUUUGGAAGAUAUGUUGGUACGGCCUAAGCCCGGUUACAAUUUUGUUUAUAUUUUUCUUCACGUGGGUUGAUUAUGAAGCAUCAACGUAUGGUGACUAUGUUUAUCCUGGUUGGGCGGAUGCCAUUGGUUGGAUAAUGGCCUUUGGUUCUAUUAUGGCAAUUCCUGUAUUCAUGUUCAUAAAAAUAAAUAACGAAAUCGAUUCCAAUACCUUACUUGGGAAAUUACGGCUUUUAACGAUGCCAUCUGUUGAAUGGGGACCAGCUCUUCCUAAGCACAGACAACUGGUAGAUUAUGUAGAUAAUUUUGAAGUCGAUCCGUGGGCUGCAAUGCGACCAAAGGCAUAUUAUAACAAUGGAUUUUCAGAUCAACUUACGAGUUCUAGCAAGGCAAUGAGCGAUAUCUCCCUCUCUAGGUCAGGCAUAUCUGGUUAUUCAGGAGCCUCUGUAGCCACUCAAGCUUCUUACGAAUCUACUGUAUGAUCCAUAUAGACCUAAGUUUUGUAUAUAGAUAACAUUUCAUAUGUAAAUAAGCAAUAUUUUUUCACAUAUAAUGACUGUGUUAUAUUUUUGUAAAUAUUCCAUAGAUAAUAAUAUUACAUGAAAAUCUUCAGAUACAUAAGUACGAGGAAGAUAGUAAUGUUUUGGGGGGGGUUGCAUAUUGAAGUUAUAAUGGUCAUUUUUAACAUUUAAUUUUAUUUUAAAUAUAUUAUUUUUUUAUGAAAAUGACAAAACGUCCGUGUUCAUACUUUUUGUAUUUUUUAUCUAUGAGAAUUUAUAUGUAUAUGUAUUUUUCGAUUUUAAAUGAUUAAAUAUGUUUUAUUUUUGUAA